AUGUUUGGAAGUACGUCGUCGGGCUUUGGUGGCUUUGGCACCAGCUCCGCAAAUACAAACUCGCCCUUUGGAGGCGGCGCGACGUCUUCAACUGCGGCGAAUCCCGCAUCUGCCUCACCGUUUGGUUCAAGCAACACGGGUGCCGGUGCAGGUGGUGGGCUCUUUGGUUCAGCCAGUACGGGCGCACAGCCAUCGGCGUUUGGGUCGAAUGCGUUUGGGUCAAACGCGGGAGCUACAAACGCUGCGCCGGCCUUUGGAAGCAACACGGGAGGCGGUGGUGGCUUGUUUGGAUCACUGAGCAACAACACGUCAUCUUCGCCGUUUGGCCAGCUGCAAGCACAACAACAACAACAACCUUCAUCAUCGGUUUUCGGCGGCGGGAAUACUAAUACCGGAGCGUCGGCGUUUGGCUCAUCCAAUGCUGGAGGCGGUGGCUUAUUCGGAAGCAAGCCUGCUGGAACAUCAACGUUUGGGGGCUUUGGGUCCACUAGUAACAACCCCGUGGCCACCGCCGCCACCACGUCGCCGUUUGGCCAGUCUACUACAACGAAUGCGUUUGGCGGCUCUUCUGCCGUGGACCCCAACGUCAACAACGGGACUGCGGUGAAACAGUUUGCGCCAUUCACGGAGAAGGACUCGGCGAACAUGAACAAUGUGUUUCAGAACAUUUGCUGUAUGCCUGAGUAUAAAAAUUUUUCAUUCGAGGAGUUGAGAUUGAAAGACUACGAGCAAGGGAGAAGGUUUCCUAGCCAAAAUGCAGGUGCCACUGGAGGAUUCGGUGGUGCAUUUGGAUCGACUCAGCAAUCAGCUACUGGCGGUGGUCUCUUUGGAUCGCAGAAUAAUAACAGCAAUAACAAUGCUUCGACUUCGCCAUUUGGAGGCAACACGGGUGGAUCUGCUUUUGGCUCGGCCUUUGGCAAAUCUCCGUUUGGCCUGAACACUCAGUCUACUGGACCGUUUGGCUCUACGCAGCAGCAGCAGCAACAGGCGUCUCCGUUUGGCUCGAGUAAUACAACUAAUGCAUUUGGUGGUGGAUCAAAUGCAUUUGGAAGUGGCGCGAGCAGUAGUGCUUUCGGUGCUAACAAGCCGUCUGUUACCGGAUUUGGUUCAAACACUGGUGGUGGUGGUGCCUUUGGUUCGGGAACUUCUGGUGGCGCCUUUGGUGGUGGUGGUGGUGGUGGUGGAUUGUUUGGUCAAGGUAAUCAGAGUGGAGGAUUUGGAAGCGGGAAUACCAGCUCGCCCUUUGGGUUGUCCAACACGGGCAAUGCAUUUGGAAGCAAUGCUUCUCCUUUUGGUCAAAACAAUACACAGCAAAGUGGUGGUGCUUUUGGCAGCAGCGCCACCACUGGCAAUGCGUUUGGCUCAAAUACCGGUGGAUUUGGCCAAUCCAACACUGGCAAUGCGUUUGGCUCGAGUAAUACAGGAGGUGGUGGUGGUGGUGGUGGACUAUUCGGCCAACUGAGUAAUGCUUUUGGUGCGAAUAAACCAACGACUGGGUUUGGAGCACCAUCUACUGGUGGAGGAGGGCUUUUCGGCCAACAAAACCAGAACCAACAAGGCGGUGGGUUUUUUGGUCAAAACCAGCAAAAUCAACAGAGUGGAGGUUUAUUCGGGUCUAAACCGGCAGGGUCUACUCCGUUUGGACAAUCAAACACAACUGGAGGUGGACUAUUUGGAAAUAAUAACAAUCAGCAGAAUAAUAAUACUAGUGGCGGCGGUGGUUUAUUUGGAAAUAAGCCUGCUACGGGUGGAUUGUUUGGUGGUGGUAACCAACAGCAAGGUGGAGGUCUCUUUGGUCAAAAUCAGCAGAGUCAACAAAGCGGUGGUUUGUUUGGAUCGAAACCUGCCGGCACUACAGGUGGCGGGUUGUUUGGUGGGCAACUGUCAACCAACACCGGUACCGGAACCACUGGUGGUGGCAUUGGUGGUGGUGGUGGGUUGUUUGGUGGACAGCAGAAUCAACAACUGGGAAUCAAUGCGUUUGGAGGCGGUAACACCACUGGAGGGCUUUUUGGAAAUAAGCCAAGUACUGGAGGCACCACGGGUGGCUUGUUUGGCGGCGGUGCAAGUGGUCAACAAAGCAACACUGGAACCACAGGUGGCUUGUUUGGUGGUGGUGGUGGUGGUAACACUGGCACCACGGGUGGCUUAUUUGGUGGUGGUGGUGGUGGUGGAAACACUUUUUCAAGUGGAUUAUUUGGGGCCAAACCAGCGCAGACUGGCACGGGAGGUGGAUUAUUUGGUGGAGCUGCACAGCAGCCUCAGCAAACGUCACAACCGCUGUUCCUUCAACAAACUCAGCAGCAACAAACUCAGCCAUUGACAAACAUCAACUCGCAGAACCCAUAUGGGAAUAAUCCUUUGUUCCAGUCGAUUACCGGUACAACCCAAGGACAGGGGCAGGGACAAGGACAAGGACAAGUUCCGCAAGCAAUCGUUGUCAGCUCGUUGGGACCUAAAAAGGGCGUUACUUUGGGAAGCACAGCACAACGAAUUGCACCGUUAUUCAAAGUUAGUGUAUUACCUGUGAAGAAACCGGUAGAGAAAGUGCAAGAUGAAAUGUUUAAAAAAAAAGCCAACAGCAUAUUUUCAUCAGUGACCGAUCUGGCUAUUGUCACAUCGGAUAUUUUCAGGCCCAACAACAAUUUCAAGAAACUCGUGUUGGAGAAAUCGAAUGGUCCAAUUCCCGAAGCAAAGAGCCCGACAAAGCAAGUUACAUUUGUGUUGGACUCAAAAAAGGCCAAAUCAGCUACGCCUGAGGCAAUAGAAUACAAGGCAAGGGCCAAACAAGAAGAAGAAGAGGAAGAAAAAGCAAACGGAGGAAAAGAAGAUGAAGAUCAAGUGGAACAGGGAGAACCACAGGAAGAUGCAGAUGGAUACUGGAUGUCACCGUCGCUCCAGGAACUAAAGAAGAAAACACUUUGCGAGUUGAAAUCUAUACCGAAUUUCAGAAUUGGUAGAAAAAACUAUGGUGAAUUGGCGUUUAUCGACCCGAUUGACUUGUCGUCUUUGAUGAAUCUUGACGACAUAUUGGGCAACUUGGUUACGUUUGGUGCCAAGUCCUGUAUCGUUUACCCCGAUGACGACGCCAAGCCGCGUCCUGGCGAAGCGUUGAAUCUACCAGCAGAAAUCACUUUGGAAGGAUGUUAUCCCAUUAACAAAGCCGACAAAUUGCCGAUCUUGGACCCUAAAAGCGAAGUGGUCAAGAGACACAUUGAGAAUUUGAAGAAGAUCCCCGAGAUGGAGUUUAUACUGUACGACCCUGAGACUGGUAACUGGAAGUUCAGAGUUAAGGAGAUGUAA